GCCGGCACGAACGGAGCUGGAGGGAGUUGGAAGCAAACCAGAGUUGCCAGACGAGUUUCUGCCGACGCGGGACGAGCUCACUUUCAGAGCUUUUCGUCCAAACUUCUCAGCUCAGUCCUUACAUUUACAGUUUGAACACAGCAGUGACAGAAGUGCAGUGCAAAGAUAACGUACUCAUUUAUUAAAAAAAAAAGAAAAAAAUGAUUUGUAUAAGAAUACUUGACUUGUCAGAAUCAUUUGCAGGAAAGUUAGCUUGAUACUCGCAUCGAGCUGAUGAUGUGAAUAAGAAGUGAAAGUUUUAUGUAAAAGACAAGUGCGUGGUGUAUUAUAUUAGGGAGCAAGACACUUGGAGGCGUGCGUACAAAAUUAAUAAACUACAGAGUGCAUACAGAAUCUCCGAUGACAUUCGUGAAAUAGAGAAGCAAAGCGAGAAGUUGCUGCACCUGCCGCAGUGGUUCUCGCGGCGCCACUCACGUGUUGCAUGCGUGCCGUGGUUAUCCAUCAUGGUCGCGGACUAGAAGCAGCUCCGAUUGGUCGGUUUUGUGGUCACGUGGUAUGGUAAUUGGGCUCCGGUGGGCGGGAAGGAGCGAACGAGGUCGUGGAGGAUCGCGAAAGUGGCGGAAGGAGAGGAGAGAAUAAGCAGCUGUCCACCGGGAGUCCUGUGCUCGUUGUGGCCCCGCUCUUUCCAUUUCUUUUCUCUUUUUCUCCCUCUCCUUCUUUCUCUCUUUUCCUCCUUUCGAGAAAACGUCACCCCUUUUCGCAAGAGGCGGUGAGGUGUGGACGAUGGACCACAGCGCAGUGCCGUGCAGUGUAAGCUUGUGAGAAUGAAUAUUAACUCGAAAUGGUGUACCGAAUCAAAGAAUUGAUUCAGAGAGUAAAAUAAGAGAGAGAGAAAGAGAGAGAGAGAGAGACGCCAAAGUGCGGUCGUUUAAAAUUCAUUUGGACUAUUCGUGCGUGUGUGUUUUUUCAUAAGAAAGUACUUAGGAACAUGAAUUCCUUCCUUCCUUCCGCCGCCGCCGGUGGAUACCAUCAUCAUCAGCACCAGCAGCAAGCUGGAAAUCAUCAUCUAGCUGCCACAUCCUCGUUGGUCGAUCCAAAAUUUCCUCCCAACGAAGAAUACAGUCAGAAUAAUUAUAUACCCUCGAGUGGAGCAGACUUCUUUUCGAGUGGUAGCGGUGGACAUCAUUUAACCCAUCCACAAUCUCAACUGCAGUACGGCUACCAUCAACAUCAUCAUCAAGCGGCGUCAACUCCUUACGGAGCUUCCUCCGCGGUACAAUUAAACGGAGGAUACGCAGGAUACGGAGGAUAUUACGGGCCUCACCAUCCUCAUCACCAAGUGCACGCGGUUCAUCACGCCAGUUUACAUUCUCAUCACCACGCAGUGGGUGCUUUAGCGAUGCCGCCGGAAGCUCAACAACCACCGCUCACGUGUCCGUCGUCGAUACAGAGUCAACAGCAGCAACAGCAGCAACAACAACCAUCUGUACCGACGUCUACUAUCCUCGGAUCCACGCCUCUGUCACCAUCUUUAAUGCAGAAUCAUGUACAGCAGCCGGACGCCCUUCAGCAUCACCAACAUGAGAAUAAUGCUUGUAGUCCAGCCGGUUCGGGUCAAUUGCACCGAGAUAAUUCACCUGAUCUGCAGACGCAACAGCCCUUGUCUCAGCAAUCUCAGCAUAUACAAAGUGGCCAACAACAGACACCGCCGCAGCAACAACAGCACCAUGUGGAAGAUAGCUCGGAUGCGGAUGAUAUAGAAGAUGGUCAAAUGGAGGGCUCGCCGGGAAUGAUGGAGGAGGAGGAAGAAGAUGAAGAGAACAGAGAUCGUACAAUUUAUCCAUGGAUGAAAAAAAUUCAUGUUGCAGGCGUCGCGAAUGGCUCGUACCAACCUGGAAUGGAGCCAAAGCGACAGAGAACCGCUUACACGAGGCAUCAGAUCCUCGAACUGGAAAAGGAAUUUCACUACAAUAGGUACCUGACAAGACGACGACGGAUCGAGAUCGCUCAUACCCUGGUCCUGUCGGAGCGACAGAUCAAAAUCUGGUUUCAGAAUCGCCGUAUGAAAUGGAAGAAGGACCACAAGCUACCGAACACGAAGAACGUACGCAGAAAGAAUGCGAACGGCCAAGCGCCGUCAGCAGCUGCUAAACCGGCGAAGACUUCAGCGACGAGAGCAAAGUCCAGCACUGGUAAUAACAAUAGCCAAAGGAAAAACAACAACUCGCCAUCCAGCGGUAUGGAGAACAGCUUGGACUCAAACAUCGGUCACGACAUGAGCGAAGUUCAUGGGGUCAGCUCCAAUAUUCCUCAUCCUGUUGGCGUGGUUCAUCCGAGCUUUCAAGGUCAUCCUCAUUCUCUGGCCCACCUCCAAGCACAGCUGAGUCAUCAUCACGUGGGUGGAAUGAUGGACGGUCCGACGGGAGGACCGUUGGGACACAUAAGUUCCGGAAGUAUCAGUCCUCUCGCCCCAGCUACCAGCCCUCCCGGAUUGUCGCAAGUAUCAGCUCCUGUGCCGCCAUCAAUAAAAUCUGACUAUGGACUCACGGCUCUGUAACGUCCAUUCCGUGAGGUAUAUUCAACGAUAUAAUUUUUUUAACUACUUAAUGACUGCUCUCCAUAGAUAAUUCCACUCUUUGGACUGGAUAUUACAAAUUAAAUCAACGUAGUUUGAGUUUUUCUCAUUGCUGCGUGGACAAGGAGAGUAGUCGUCAAAACGUGAGUUGACACUCACAAUCUUCAAAAGGCAGUAUUAUUUUUCUUUUAUAUACCUGAAUAUGGCAACUGCAAUUCAUGAACUACGAUAUAAAAUGCUAGAUCCAAAAUUAUUUAGAUAUUUCUUAAAUCUAUUAUACUUAAAAAUGUUCCCUCAUUUGUAAAGUCGUGAAAGCCAAGUCUGAAGAACUUAUCAUAGAUAAACAUAAAAACUAGAGAGAAACAUAAUUCUGUAGUAAACGAACAUAAUGUCAGGAUGAAAAAUAAAGUACUGUCAGGCUAUCAGAUCAUAAAUGAUAAAUCAUUUAUUAUUAAUAAUUAAUGAUUAAUAUGUGUAAUGAAUCCGCUUAUACCAAAAUAACGUAAAGUUUUAUUUUCGCUAUAAUUUUCUGCUAUAUACAUGAUUGAAUUUGUAUGUUUUAAUUUUACAAGUAUUAUUUAUUGAAAUAAAUAACAAUCAUUUCAAUAAUAAUACUAUGACAAAUCCUGCAAUUAUUAUUAGCAUUUGUAUAAUUAUAGUUUUCAUGAAAUUAAUCAUAUUAUUAUUGCAAAUUCCAAUCAAUGAUGAUGAAAUUUCAGUAAACGUUCAUAAUACUAUACGUAUUUUAGCUUGCAGGUUGAAUAAUAACAUAUAUGCAGUAGAUAAUAUAUAUCUUUAUCGCAUAAAGUGUACAAUGUUCACAUAUUUGGGUUACGCGUUGCGUUUAAGAUAUUCAUGUAUCAUAAAUAUUGAAAAUUUUAAAAUUACCUUUCUAUUAUUAAAUUAAUUUAAUAUGUUAUAUAAUCCGUUACUACAUUCUUGAAUUUUUACAUGUCAAACACACAAGUGUCAAACUUCGUCAAGGCAAACUCAAACUCUGACACAUGAAUAUCUAAGCAAUGUCCAAACAUGUCUAACUUCAUGUGAUAACACAUAUAUGACGUCUACUGUAUAUUAUGAUAAAAAACACUGUGCGUGUAUUACGUAAUGUAUAUGAUAUAAACAUCUGACAGAUUAGAAUUCGACAUCUGGCAAAUAAAAGUACAUAUGUGUGCAAAAAUAUAAAACUAUAAAAUCAAAUAUAAGCGGGAUUCCUUAAAUUAUAAUGUAGUUUUUGCAUUGCAAUUAACGAAUUAUACUAGUAAAAGAAGUUGUAAACGUCAAUCUAAUACUUUCUUUGUGUCUUCAAGCAAGUGAAUAUACCUUGUAUCAAAAACUAUAAUUUGAGACGCGUCAGUCAUCUCCCGGUUAUUUGCAUAAUUCUGAUAUCGAAAAAGAAAUUAAUACUUGGUGAAAUGUGAAUUGUAUAUAUCCAAUUUUAUGUAUGUAUAUAUUAGUGUAAAGAGAGUUUUAUUACAAUACGAUUGAAAUAGUGUUCAUAUUUCGUAUAUUAUUGCAUUAUGUGUUGGUACUAACGUUUACAUCAUAGACGAAAAUUGGAUUUUAAAGUAAAAAUUUUAAUCAUUCUGAUAUGAUUGCUGAGUGUUUAUUAUGAAUAUAUGAGAAAGCAGCAAAUUAUCAGUUAUAAUAUUAUAAAUAAUAUAAUUUUCGUGUACGUUAUGUCAUGUUCAUCUCGAAAAAUUAUUACCGGAGUAGUUUAAUUGCCGGAAACAAAUAUUUCAAAAGAUCUCUUUAAACUCUUAAAAAAUAAUACAAGUUAUUAUAAUUAAAACUACCUUACUUGAACACAUCCUUCCGUAAUGGAAUAUUGUAAAUAAUUCGAAAUGAAUAGUAUAUAUUUUUACCGAAAGCGAACGAGGAAUGACCAAUAAUAAUUAGGACGCAAUUGCACCGUGAAUAAAUCGGAAGUUGUACUAUUAAGCGAGUAGUAAUCAAACAAUUAAUGCACAGAACCGCUGUGACGAUAUACCAAAACAAUAUUAGUAGAUAUAAGGAACAGAGUUAUAAAAGUUAAGGUACAUUAAUUCUAAAGAAUCGAAUUAGUGUAACUAGUGAAAGAACAUAAGAAAUAAGUGUAUAAGGUUCGAGAUUGUUCUAUAAGUGUGACAUUAUACCCUCUUUGCUAUAACUAUUAAUUGUAUAUAGCAUGUACGAUAAGGACGUCAUUGGGCACACUUCAAUGCUUAUGUUUAUAUUGAUCGUAAGGAUCGAUGAACUAUACAACUGUCAAGUAAAUAAAUGAAUAAAUAAAUGUUUCGUAAUUUACAAUAACGUUAUGUUUCCAAAUCGUAUUCCCACGUAUACACCUUAUUUAUUACCUUGUCCAUCAAUUCUUUUUGUACAAUAUUUUUUUUCUUACGCAUUCGUACGACAGUUUCCUGCUUUAAUAUUUUUCAUAAUCUUUUUGCACUAUUUAUUAUUCUGUCAGGAAAUACCGUUCAUCAGUUAAAGCUAGCGCUACUUGUUAUCUCAAGUUUUGACAUUAUCUCUUCCUUAAGUGCAUUCGCAUUGAGCUGUAUGUGUGUAAUAUAUUGUUUCCAUUCUAACUUUGAUAAGAGUUAAACUAAAGCUGAAAGUAAUAUUGUGUAUACAAUAGAUUAAAAAAUAAUAAAUAAAUUUGACAAUAUUAUAA